GGUGGUACACCACUGACCGAGUUGUUUGCUUGCCAUCCCACCAACAAGUCGAACAGACUUCGAACCGUUUCCGAUUGAGCAUAGUGUGGCAGUUCAAUUUAUAAUUUCGAUUGUUGCAGACACGCGGGCGGUUUACCCCCAGAAGCAUUAUCAAAGCCAACCGACCAGUUUAACCUCCCCCUCCAUACGGUAAGAGAGAGGAAAUACCUGUCUUGGUUCCCAAAUCUGUCACCAACCGAAUUACUGUCCACCGCUGACCGUACGAUUCUAGAGCAAAACACAAGCGGAAGUGUGGUGAAAAUUCUUCGCUGUCGACCGGAAUUGCGAGAAGUGCGGUGGUGUAUAUUUCGUUACCAAAAUUGUGGCUAUUGGGUGGUUCGGAUUUCGGUUCCGUUCGUUUGUCUUAUUGCUUUAACGAUUAGAUUUCUAUUGCGCUAUUUGUUGUGCAACUGCAGCAGAGUUCUGCCAUUGUAAGUAAGCAGGUGUGUUCGCGUAUUCCGUCGUGUGCUCCGAAAAUGCGUUUCGUUUUUCCAACCGCGGCAAACAACUAUCUUUCCAGUUUGAAGUUUGAUCGUUAGACAAAAAAUCGCUGGUUUUAUCCCUUUGUUUUCCUUUCCGACUAUCCCGUCGAGUGGCGUCCUCUUGGCCCUGAUUUUUUUUCUGCAGAAAAAUAAAGCUCUCACGGAACCCUAAAUCGAUAGAGGAAACAGCAACGGGAGCAAAAAAAUAUAUAUAAAAGUAGUGAGGAAACCAAAACCAGUGUCGCCAGAGUAGAGUAGUAGAGUCCUGCAGAGCGAACGCCGCCGCCACCACAGCGGGUCUCACUAUCCACUCGCCUUGACCAAUUCUCGUAUAUUAGCGUGCCUGUAAGUGUGUGCCGUGAUCAAUUUGCGGGGUGAUUUCGUAUCAUUUUGCCCAAUGUGUCAGUAGUGAGUGGAACAAGUUUACCCGUCUCUCAUUAGCUUAAAUAAGAUUUUCACUCGGUGCGCCCCGAUGGCGACUACUCAAUUGUAUCGUCGCCGUUAGCUGCUUUCCGUUUCCGUGAGAUAUACCGGGAUCAGAGAAAUCCGUACUCGAACGUACGCUAGUGCAAAGCUCGCUAAGAAGUUCUGCAAACAUCGUUAAAAAAGGAACUACAAAAAGGAUAGUUCUUCCGGUCUCAAGCAGUUGACACUGAGGUCCACAUUGAAAGCUGCCAGCAAAUAUCAUCAUCGACAAAUCGGCUUCGGACAAACCGUGUCCAACCGGCCAGAGCCUGCACGUCGUUCGUCCGGUGGUGUGCAGUCGCUAUGGAUGAGGAACUGGAGAGAAAGCUAUGAGUAGUAGUGGGCCUUUGAGGCCCCAUCCAGCAGAAACAAGUGGACCGCUAGAGUGUGUUUGCAGAAGUGGCCCCAAGAUGGCAGCAGGAUUCGCUUCUCUGUGCAGCAGCAGCAGCAGUAGUUUGAUAUCAUACAGCACGGGGCAAGCCAUCAUUCAGCCGAACCAACACCAAGCGACAGCGACCAAAUCGAGAGCUAAAGCCAAACCCGGGAGGGCGAGGACGGCCAUUAUCAGCAUCAUGACGCCGACAAGAGUUAUGUCGGGUUUUAUGUUCAACUUUCAUUUUCUGCUUUCGAUUGUUCUGUUUAUUGUCCUCUUCGGUGAUUUGGCUAGAUUGCGGACCACCGAUUUUUCGGCAGGGUUCGGCGUCUUAGCCGAAGAGUCGAACGAAGGAGCUGUGACCGAGGAAGCGUUGGGGGAAACCGCAACACCUGAGCCUUUUGACCUGUCCAAGCGAGGUAUCGGGAAGUUUGGUGAUAAAUGCGAGAGCACCACUGAGUGUGGCUUCGCCGGAUCCGUCUGUCAUCCGACGCUGCGCACAUGUCAGUGUACUCCCGAUUUACCGACAACGAACCAUCUCGACAAGUGCGGAAAAAAGGCCCAGGUGAACGAGAGCUGCUUUUUUACCGAGCAAUGCGAAACGAUGACCGAGCAAACCGAGUGCCGGGAUGGUCGCUGCAUCUGCCGCUUCGAGAUGAACCCAAUUUUCAAGCCGGAUGGGACGGUGGAGUGUCGAGCAACCAUGAACAAGCCAAUCGAACCGGAAAAGUACAUCGAUCCGACCAUGAUCGGAGUGCUGGUGGCAAUGGCCGUCAUGUUCAUCAUCAUCUGCGUCGUGCUCAGACUGUUCAGCAAGGCUCGCUGGCGCGAUAACCGGACCAUCUUUAACACCCCCAACCCCCGGCUGAUGAAUGUAUCGCUGUUGCGUGACAACAAGCUGCUGCACGGUCAGGAACGUCGCGGCUCUCGAAUGUCCGUGCGGCUGCCGUCGCGGCAACCCAGCAUGGCCUCGCUACGUCCCCAUUCACCAAACGCGUCGAUAGGUAAGCUAGGUUCCCGCCGUGGCUCCCGAGGUAGCAGCAAUGCUUCGGCCUCAUCGAAUCGCAGUCAGCACGCUAAGGACAACGGAACGGCUCACCCACAUCAGAACGAAAGUGUCACCGUCGAGAUUGCCGAAAUUCGGUCAUAAAUUGGCCGCAACCAUGGACGAACGACGCAACGGAACAACGUGAAUUUGACAAGCAAACCGAAUAACUACAAUGAAAAACGAUCACCAGGAAAACUAGAAAAACGAAAAUAAAAAACGAACAGUAGCGCCUAUAAAUGGUAGUUUAUUUUCUCGCGACUCUCUAGGGACCAUUUAACGAACUGUAACUGUAGCAAAACAAAGAAAAACUUUCAAAAACGCUAUUCUUACUGAUAGACACCAAAUGGUGAUACCACUUAGCUAAGAACAUACCACUGAAGUGAUCUUUUUUGAACGUGAAACGUUGCUUACUGCUACGGGAAAACCGAACUAUUUUCGCGGGUGCAGAACGCGCCGCAAUUUGGUAGCGCCGAUAUUGAAGGGGGAGAGACAUGAUAGCAGCAUUUCGUAGGAACAAUUCCGUAGCAUUUUCCAAGGAUAUAUGAAGAUGAAAAAAUCAACAACAAGCAGAGAGGCUUGCUUUCUCAACAAUUAUAAUACGGAUGAACCAAGAAUUGGCGCCAAUGUACGCGAGAAAUCAUCGCCAUAUCGUAGCAUCAGAAGAGGAGAGAAUUUAAAAUUAACAACCAUCGUAAUCGAUUUUUGAACUUAAAGGUAACAACAACAAAAAAUGAAAUUGUAGAGCCAGUAGCAAAGUAGCAGAAAAGGCUAACACACCAGACGUAGGGAACAUUUUACAUUUAGGGAAUAAAGAAGAAAAAAACAAGAUGAAAGACCAAAUUAUUUAGUCCUGUGUUUCCACUGUUUUAGAUUCAAACACUAGGCAGAAGAGUAAGGGAGUAUUAUCCGUCAGUUUACCAGAGAGAGAAAAAAAUGCUAUUUCAAUUUAAGACAAAACAUAUGAAAUCCAGAAAACCGUAGCGAUUCGACUUUGUAGUCUCAAUGCAUAUCCACGUAGAACUUAGUUCGGAUGCAUCAUACCUACCGCAGUUUGCUUCAGCUCAUUUCAAUUGUUGAAGACACUUUUUUUACGUCGUAGAUCUUUUUCCGUAGCAUGAACAUCAAAUCAUAGCAAAAAUACAUGAAUCAACGCAGAAAUGCUUAAACACGCGCAAAUCUGAAAUGACAAUCCAUAAUCGUGUGAAAUACUUUUGAAGAUUAAAUUGGUAAAAAAUGGUGAUAGAUUAAAGAAGAAAUAAUUGUGAGCGGUUCGCAGAAUGCAAUUGUUAUCUUACUGAACGAUUAGUUCUGAUAGAAUUAAUAGCGGCAUUUUAGGAUUCCCAAAAUUCAGACUAGACUAGCAUCAAAGAAAGAAACGAAAGACAAAACAGUAAACAGAGUACAUAGAGAGGGGCAGCACCGCUGGAAGGCCCAAGAAUUAUCCGAAGAUAAAAGGAAAGAAAUGAUUAUAAAUAAUAUAGAACACAGCACCACAGUUUUUACUUCUAUUCUUAUAGCGUUUGAAUUAAAAUAAGAUAAUGAUUCUAGUACAUACAAUACAAUAUAAUACAAUGAUUUGUAACAACUCAAUGAUACUUGAAAACAAAAUAUGACUGCUUUACAAUUAAUCUCAGAUAAACAUAGUGAAAGUAAUACAUAGUGUACUCACCAAUGAGUCAACAGUAUGAGAAAUAAAUAGCACUAGCGCCCUAGGGUUCUAUACCCGCUGUUUGAAAACAAAUUUUGAUAAAGCACAAAGAAAAUAGUAUAUAAGAAUUCUAAUUUUCUGCUCGUUUUAAUUGUGCUUUUGUUACCUUUAUCUAGAAAAGGACAAACCAAAAUUGACGCGAAAUAAAUAGUACUCCAUAUAACAGUGAGAAGCGCAUGUGAUAUUACGAAGGAGAAACACGAAUCUACUUCUAGUCUGAAAUUAUUAUCUAUUAAGACGAAACAUGAAAAAACACCUCACUAGUUUUGUUUCCCACUAAUUAGUUCCAAAAUAUGCGAUGCUUCAUCAGCGUCGAGACAUGAGUGCUGAAACCCUUAGCGAUUCGUCAGGAAUGUUUCCCCCAAAAUAGGGGAAGAUUUUCGGAGAAAUAUUCCGUACUUUGCUAGUUUCAUGUCUAGCCAACGUGUUCUGCGCAACGGAAGACGACAGAAGCUUGCACUCACACAACGCAUGAACACCUAGUGAAUAUGUUACGAAUAAUAUGAAAUAGAUAUAAACAAUAAUGACGCAAACUAUAGAGAGCUUAUUGCGACUAGACACCUAACAAAAACAGAAAUAUUGUUCCCCCAUACCCGGCUUCAGUUAUCAGACAUAGUCCCUAAUGAAUGUGUGAAUUUUAGAAUUAAACGACCAAACAAAAAUGCUUUAACUGAUAUAUGAUAUAACCAUCAAGAAAAAUUAAGCCAAUGAAGAGAGGCUUUGAAUAAUUAGCGGAAAUACAUACAAUGAAAAUAAAACAUAAUAAAAAUGUAACAAAACAGAUUUGAUUUUAAAUUGACAUAUUAAGACACCAACAAGUAAUGUGUCGACAACUUCGUUUCCUCGCUGCGAUACAAAGUCUUUGCAUACAACCAUUUAUAUGUCUCAUUAGCCGAAACUAACAUGUAUUCCCUUAAAUCCAACUCUUAUUUCCAAUCGAUAUAGUGUAAAAUAUGACAUAAUUAUAAUAAGACUCGAAGAUUCGUUGCAAAUGGUUUACCUAAGAGUAAACCAAAUAAUAGCAGUAAGAAAAAAUUAAAACAUGAUGAUACUUUGAAAGUAGUUGAGAAGCUCUCCGAACACACAGAGAGUAGAUUGUUUAGAAUGAGCUAAAAACGUUAAAACUUUGAAAUCUGGGGAAGAAUUUCAAAAUUGGCACGUUUUGCUACCCGAAACCAAUACAAACCACCAUUAAAACAGAGCGUAGCGAACUUACGUAAAACUUAAGAUACAAUAGUGUAGACAUUUAUGAAAACACGUUCUCACAGCCAUUCGAUCGUAUUAAUAGGAAAAAGCACCCUAUCACAAACACACACAAACACACAUAUGUCAUUCGAACCCAAUUUCACGAUCGCAAACGAGUAGAAUUUCAAAUAAAUGAGUAAUUAAAACGCUAAUAUGAAUGGAACGAAAGUGGCAGUACAGGAGUAGAUGAAUGUAAAUUAGAGAAGCUCUUAUUUACUACAAAACAAGCUAUAAUACCAGAAUGCGCUAUCAAAACUAUUUUCUAUGAUUAUUGAAAAAGCAAAACGCAGAAAAAUGAAUUUAAUAUCUUGAGACUAUUCUUAUUCUAUCUCCUGUUUAAUAAAAAGAUAUUAAAAAUGACAAAAAAAGAUUACUGAAUGCUACACACCUUUCUUGGAGUUUAUUUUCUAUGAAGAAAAAUCAACAAAACACACGAAGAGGGAAAGAAAAGAGAAAAAAGCAAAACAAAAAUACUACUUCAAUUAUACUGAAAAACUAUAUUAAUGAAAGUAUGUAUUGAACAAAAACAUAAUAUAUACUAGCUAAGAUGUAUCACUUUACAGAA